GCGGGUCUAUGCUAUAUGCCUACAAUAACAUCUCGAGUACAUUCCACAAUCACGUAUAUAUACACACAUCUCACGUAUAUAUGCGAUAUGUUCGACCUGAUUUUAAGCAAAGUACACCGGAAAAUAUACCGGCAGCCGAAAAUGAUGAACGCGAGUUUCAACGGUAACGCCGUCGAUCUGUCCCGUUCUUUUCUAUCCGAGGCCACCGGAGAUUCGUCGGAUGUCGAGUCUUCCGUUUUCCACCAGAAAUCGGCGGCGGUUGAGGACGACGAUGCCCAGUCAUGGAGCGGCCGUGACGUUAUCGGGGAGGUUGACGAUGAAGACCGCCUCGGCGACAAUUGUCCUCGUCAAGAGCUUAUUAAUCCUACUUCCAGUUGUUUUAGGUACGAGGAAAAAGUAUACAAUAAUUAUAACAUCUGUGAUGAGGACAAUAAUGAUGAGGACGAGGACGAGGAUGAGGAUGAAGACGAGGAUGGAGUUGAAGUAAAUCAACGGCAGAUGUUGAACAUGAAGAUUGGGCAAAAGAUCUGGGCGUUGGGAGUUAGGGGGGCAAAACGGACAAAGAAAACAAAGGGAUAAUCAAUAAGGUUGACAUACGAGUUCCUUGCGCAGCGAUAGAGAGCCGCCAUCCCCAACCCCCUUCAAGAUCCGAUUUUGGAAGAUGAAGACAUUCUCUAUGCAAUGAAAGAUCGAAUCAAAGGUUUUUCUAUGCUUUCGCUCUUUUUCAAUUUCUAUUUUCAAGGAAUUUGGUCCGACAUCUUCAUUGGCCGAGAAUUUUGUUCGCUUCAUGUGAGCGUGUCGUAUGUUAUUCUCCUAGCAAUGUCUAGAGGUUGUGCGUUUCUAAUCAGUGUAAUCGAUCUGGUGAAGCUUUUUCAACCUUGUUGUUCUAAUGUUUUAAAUACUCGCCCACCACCUGAACCACCGCCUCACUCUGGGAAGAAGAAGAUGAUCAAGCGGAUCUCCUUUUCGGUGGCUGGUCAAACCGAUGCUUCAAGAAAUUUCUACUCGACUGAUUUCCCUUUGUUGGUUGCUGGUCAAACAAAUUCUCCCUUUCCGGUGGCUGGUGAAGCCGGAUCUUUUAGUUGUAAUUUUUUAAUUUUUCUUUGGAGUAGCAAGAAGAUCAGCAUGACUGUUAGACUAGACUACAUUAUUGCGUGGUUAGCGAUCUGGAAGGAUUCAUUGAAUAUGUUCCGUUCUAUGUCUCAUCUCAUUGUAGCCUCAGGCUAUUCAUUCUCUUGCAUUUUUGCUAUCACUUAAUUAUAAAUUAGUUAUUUGAUUUUCAAAAAAU